UGGUUCUUGGUAUAUGGUAGUGUAUGUUGAAAUGUUUAAAAGAAUUCAUUUAAUUAUUUAUGUUACCAAAGUGUAUUUAAAACUUUUCAGUCACACAAUAAAUAACAAUUUUAAAGUUAAGCAUGUUUAAAAUAUAAUUUAACAUUUUACCAAAAAAAAAAUAUAGUAGUGCAAGGUAGGUAACUUAUUGAUUUGCCCAAAACACGGGGUAUGUCACAUAGUGAGUACAUGAUCAGUAAAUAAGUAAUUUCGAACUUCCAAAAAAAUAAUGCACUGACUGUCACCGGGAUGAUAAGACACACAGACUGAAUGAGCGGGUGUAGGAGCCUGCAUGCGGGAGAGUCGUGAUGUUACAGCAUCAUUAAAAAGUUAUUUGUAUUAUGUGGUUACUUGUUAAAAAAGAAUUGUGAUGUGAACCUUUUUAAUUGAUAAUCCUUGAUGAUCCCUAUAUAUACUGGAUAUUCAAGUGUUGAAUCAGAGAAAUGACAGAAUGCAUAAUAGAUCAAAGACUAAUGGAGCAACAAGAGGAUAGAAAAUGUCGAGAUCAAAGGAAAAGUCAAGAUUUUGAUACAUUUAAAAGGGCACACAAUAAGAUCUUUAUGCCUAAUGUCAAAGCGUAAGAUUGACACACAUUUAUACAGAUACUGAGAUACAUGAUAACUUCCUAACAUUUUGACCUACUGUCAAAUUAAGCAGCCAUCAGAGAUGACGGGACAGAGAGAUGUACAUUCCGACUACUAGAGCUUAAUGACUCGAUGAUUCUUUCAAAGAAGACAUGACUGUACAUGUGCUAAACAUUAUAACAUCUCUCAUCCAUUUGGGCGCCACUCUUUCGAUGGAAUCUGUCUAUUUAGCACAGAAAAAAGUAUCUCUUGUUUCCUUUCUCUAACAUUUUCAUCUCUGGAGUGUAGAAUGGUUUGGUUAACUAUGACAAUAUCAUCAUUAGAAUGUUUUGUAAAGUCGCUAGAGAAAUAUGUUUAGUUUACUAAACAUGUAUUAUGUAGUUCUCAUUAAACUAACCUAAAAUUAAUUUACAAUCACAAUUAAUAUUUUUUUCUUUCCUUAAAUAAAAGCUAAGGAGUUACCAAAAGUAAAUAAAAUAUAUAUUUGAAAACUAAUAGUUUUAAUAAUAAAUAUUUUAUAACAAUUUACAUAUCCUCUAUUAUUUUUAUUUAAUGUUAUAUUAUUAGAAUAAUUUAAACAAUUAUAUUAACCAUAUACAAAAUCCAUAUUUUUCGCAUAUGUUUUAUUUUAAACUAUUAAACAUGACUAUAAAUUACGAAAACUAUUAAAAAUCUCACAUUGAAAAUUUUGUGAUCAAUGGUUUUAGUUUUUUAUUAUAAUACGAUACAAAAGAUCAUAAAAUCAUAUGAGUAAAAUAGUAUUUAAUAGAUAUUCAAAUUAAUAUAUAUUAAACUAUAUAACAUAUAAAAAUACAUAAAUAUUUUAAUUUUAAAAUUUGCACUGAUUAAGUAUUGAGAAAUUAAUAUGUUAAUUUUCAAGAAAGAUUAUAAAUUAUUAAAAAUAUUAAAAGUCUCACACUAAAUGUUUUGUUAUUAAUGGUUUAAAAGUUUUGUUAAAAAAAUACAAAUGAUAGCCAUAUUAAAAAUAUACUAUAUUUCUAUGUUAAUAUUAUUUAAAUUUAGUUAUAUACAAUAGAAAAUAGAGAAAAUAAUUGUUUAAAUUUGUUUACCACAAAAUAAUUGUAAAUAAACAAAGUGAUUUCUUUAACUUAUGUAUUUGUGUCAAUUUAAUUAUAUAUGUAACAUUUGUAGUUUUUCAAUUAUUCAGUAUAUAUUUAUUAAUUUGUUUCAUAAUAUGUAAAAAAUUAAACAAAUAAUAAUACGUAAAAAUAAUUUGUAAAUAAAAAUUUUAUUCCGUGGAUGGCACGGAUCUUAAACUAGUUAUAAUAGUAAAUAUAGAAGUUCCCUCAUUACUAUUAUUUUUCUUAUGUUUCGUGGUUUGAUUUGUUACUAAAUGAGUAUUUCUGACUUCAUGCAUGGAAAUAUAAACUUAGCAUGUUUAAAAUAUGCAGAUGAGCUUGUUUUGGUUUAUAAAUUGGGUACAGGCGUACAGCUGAACUACUUAAUGAUUUAUAAUAGUUUUUUACGUGUGGUUAAUAAUCUAAGAAGCUGAUAUCUCUCAAGGACUUGAUUUUUCAAGUAAAGAAUUAGAGAGGAUUACAGACAAAUGCUGAUCUCGAGGAACAGGCCCGGCCUGGAAAUAUUUUGGAGUGGAAGCAGCACACUUUAUAUUGGGCCUGUUAUUGAAUAAUUUUAAAAGGAUAAAAAUAAACAGAAGGAACGUGGCCUGGCCUAUAGUCUUCGAACCGUGCACCAGAAAGAGAGCUUUUUCGUCAUUAUACCAACUACGCUACUGAAGAAUUCAACAAUAAAAGGGCCGAAAUAGUAUAUAGCUUAUCCAAGGGCCAGAAGCAUAUGCUUCCUUCGCUUGUAUCCAAGGCCGCUACUGUCGAGGAAUCAUAUACUCUGAAUAUCUAAUAUAGAUAGAGUUUGUUACACCAUGGGCCACAUUCUGAGUUUGUCUUAUACUCAGAGGCACAUUCAAUAUUUGAGACACUUUUCCUUAUCUUGUAGUACGUGGUUGGACAACAGUGUCCUUAUUGAGAGCUUCGGCAGUUCGGUAUUCCAAAAUAGGAAACCGGUUUGGUUUGGUCCUUGUUUCCUAUAAUGCAUUAAUGUUUUAUGUUUAUUAAUAGAAAUGAUUUAUUGUUUACCGUUGGAUGGCGCAUGGAUGCUAACAAUCCGAAGGCUGAAAUUAAAUGUGGGUAUGCAGGAACUGAGCAUACGACAUCAGUUUUGUAUCUUUGUCUAAGGUUUUUAGUUUCCUCAACAGAUUUUAUUUUUUAUUAUCUCUAACUAAAUUUGAUAUAUAAUAUAUAUAGUAAAUUAUAAUUUUUUUUCUUCUAUGUUUGAGAUCCAUAUGUAUAUAUUUAUUUUGAUAUUUUAAUUUUUGUAAAAUUUAAAAUUGAAUUAUGUGGACACGGUAUUGUGGACAAUGUGUUGUGGACGGUGUAAUUUGAACUCAUUCAUAUAUUAGUUUUUUUUUAAUUUAAAACUAAACUAGAUACUGACCCGCCAUUUCAAAUGGCGGGUAUUUUACUUAUUAAAAUGUCAUUUUUCAAUUUAAUAUUAUUUCUGAUUAGGUGAGGAUGUGUUUCAAUAGUCUAUUAUCUAAUAUGGUUUUAUUUUUAUAAAUUGUAAUUCUAAUUAGUGGAAGUAUGUAUUUGAAUAGUUUAUUAUCUAAUAUGGUUUUAUUUUUAUAAAUUGUAAUUUAUUUGUUAUUAGUAAAAUUGUGUUUACACAUAUUGGACUUCAAAUCCGUUGUUUGUUUAAUUCUUAAAUAUAUCACAUAUAUUAAUUUGUUUAGUUCUUAAAUGUUAAUCUCAACUUAAAAAUAAAACAGGCUUUUUAUAAUUUUAAGUAUAGAUAUUUUACACAAAUUGGCAUAAUGAAUUAAUAUAUUUGUUUAUCUCUUAAAUGUAUAAUACCUGUAUAAAAAAUAAAACAAUAUUUUUAAUGAUUUUCACUAAAUAUAUUUUAAACAGAAUGGGCUUAAUGGGUUAACAAUUGUUUAAUUUGGGCCUAUCGAAUGGGCUUCAAAUUUAUGUAAAUCAUUAAUGGUAUUUUAAAAAAAAGUAAUGGUAUGUUUUGUAAUUUUUUAAAAAAGUCAGAGGCAUAAUCAUAAGAAUGAUUCUGUUUUAAUAGUAUAGACUAGAUUUUGACCCGCGCUUUCAAAACGCGGGAUCGAUUCUUUUUAAAAUUUCAUUUAAAUUAAUAAAUAUUUGUCUAAUCUAUAUUUUAAUAGAUUUUUUUAUUUGUUUAUAGUCAAUUUUUGUAAUAUUGUCUUCUUUAUUUUUUAAUUAUUAUUAAAAUAAAAAUGUUUGUUUGUGUAAUAAUUAAUUUGUUAAAAGGUUUUAAAAUGGUAAACUCCUAAUCAAUAAAUUUAAUCAUAUUGUGAUGAUAUAUUUGGUAAGGUUAUUUAUUUAUAAUUUUAACUUAUUAAAUAAAUAUUAUAUGAAAAAUGUAAUAGACAUUACAUUUUUCAUUCUACAUAUUUUUAAUUAAUGCAUAAAUUUUAAAUUAUAAUAACAAAAAUAUUUAAUAAUAGGAAACCGGUGCUGCCUAUUUAAUAUUGAUCGGAUUCAAAGUGAGGUGUUAGGUUUUAGGAAAAACUUAGGGAGAAAGUUGGAGGAUCUUUUCUUUAAAAUCAAAUCUUUCUAUAUUUUAAGAUUAGUUUUGGAAAAUUCAGUUACCAUGUCAAACAGUUAAAAUAUUUUUCUGCAUGUUACUCAAGUUGGGGGAUUUUCUUUUUAUUUGAUUUGAUUUCGUAAAUCUCUCAGUAAAUGGGAUUUAAAACGACUUAAUGGGCUUAAAAACGAAAAUGUAAGUAGCAAAUUUGUUGGGCUUUUCAUUUUUAAAAAAACAUUUAAAACAAUUGAAAAAAACAAUUGAAAAAAGAAAUGGAAUGUUUUGUAAUUAAUAGGAAAAUUCAGGGGUAUAUUCAUAAGAAGUAUUCUGCUUUAAUAGUAUAGAUUAAGUGGACACGAUAUCAUGGACAAUGUGUUGUGGACGGUGCAAUUUAAAAGAAUGUGUUGUGGACGGUGCAAUUUGAAAGAAUGAGUUAUGGAUGGUGAGUAUGUGGAAGUUUAAGUUGGUUCGUAUAAGUGUGUGGACAAGGGAGGUGUGGACAGGGAGAAUUGGGGAUAGAAGAGUUGUGGACAAGGGAUGUGUGUACAUUGAUGCCUUUGACAAAGGCAUGAACGGGAGGACUCUGGAGGACAUGUUUGUGGAGUUGAACAGCAUAUUUGAAGACCUGUACAUGCCCAAUGUUCAAAUGAUUUGUUGAUUUGUUAUUUUUGCUGUUUUUUUGUUUCUACAAUAAUGGCAAAAUCGUAAAUAUAGUUAUCUUCUUCUUCGAAAUUGUGUUUACUUCGCCUGCAAUACUUUCAUGGAUGACCAUAAAAUAUUGUCACAAUACAUCAAAAUAUCACGUUUUUCAUAUUGUUUUUGAGUUAAAUUGAUAGAUCUAUUCGGUUACAUUUGAUUUUAAGCACUAAAUCUGAAAAACAUUUUAAAAACCCGUUUUUUUUGCCAAAUCUGGCCAUAUCGAAACGCUUACCCACCGUGGAAAGCUCUGCAUAAUCUCAUGUCCCAGAUGCAUUUUGAAACUCGAUACUAAAGCCAAUCUGACCACAACAAGACAAACCUUGCAUGUCUUGAACUCGAAGAACAAAAUGAUGACAGCGGCGGUGUGAUUCGGAAGUCUGCGUUAUGCGGCGUGUUCUAAAGGUGAACCCAAAUUCAGCGAAAGAGCGGGUGUGAAGAACGAUUUGUGAAAGGGGAUCUAGGGUUUUUGAAAAUCACCGCAAGAGGAACUUCGUGAGAAGCUGUGAAUUUUAGAUUUGAAAUUAGGGUAGGGAAUUGAUAAAAAUGGGUUUGGUACAGAAAUUAAACCAGUAUCGAUAGAACCAAUAUGAUGGUUUGGUUUGUUCAUGUUUUUUUAUGGGAAGAAGGCAUAUAUGACUUUCACUUGCUUAGAAGUAUGUCACAUGUUGAAAGUGUCUUGGAAUGAAAUUCCAAAGUGGUAAAGUGUCUCAGAGAGUAAAAAACUCAUAUAGAUAUCAUCGAUUUGAUCACGAGUGUCAACUUCUAAUCUGACUCAUAUUUAUUUUUAAAACAAAGUGCUAGCUGUCCAUUAUUGGGACCCUAUAUUAUUCAAUGAUUCUUGAUUAUGUCUCAUCUACCUCUUUAACGUUUGGGAAACAAUGGCAGCUAUGGUCUUCAUUGACUUCCAGAACUGCUUCAUCCUGACCCUCCUCUGCUUCCUCUCACUACUCUGCUACUCUCUCUUCUUCAGGAAACCAAAGAACUCACCAGGACAUGAUCUGCCUCCGAGCCCUCCGUCUCUUCCUAUCAUCGGCCAUCUUCACCUUCUCCUCUCUACUACAACCCACAAGUCUCUUCAGAAACUCUCCUCCAAGUAUGGACCACUCCUCCUCAUCCGGAUCUUCAAUGCCCCCAUCAUUCUCGUCUCCUCUGCCUCUGUGGCCUACGAGAUCUUCAAGUCCCACGACGUGAACGUCUCCACUCGCGCUCUUGCUGCCAUCGAUGAGUCCCUCGUGUUUGGAUCUUAUGGCAUCAUCAAUGCUCCCUAUGGAGAUUACUGGAAGUUCAUGAAGAAGCUCAUCGCCACCAAGUUGCUCAGACCACAAUCACUCGAGAGGUCACUAGGUAUCCGUGCUGAAGAGAUUCAGCGGUUUUACAGAAGUCUUCUCGAGAAGGCAAGGAAGAAUGAGGGCGUUGAGAUCAGUAAAGAAGCGAUGAAGCUCAUAAACAACACAUUGUGCAGAAUGAGCAUGGGAAGGAGUUUUUCAGAGGAGAACGGUGAGGCGGAGAAGGUUAGGGGCUUGGUGGGAGAAUCAUAUGCCUUGACGAAGAAGAUGUUCCUAGCAGCUUUGCUGCGGAGACCGCUCAAGAAACUUCGAAUCCCGUUGUUCAAGAAGGAGAUAAUGAGUGUUUCCGACAGACUUGAUGAGCUGCUAGAGAGGAUUAUUGUGGAGCACACAGAGAAACUAGACGAGAAGCAACAAGACAAGGAUAUGAUGGACGUGUUGUUGGCAGCUUAUGGAGACGAAGAGGCAGAGUAUAAGAUCACUAUGAAUCAAAUCAAAGCGUUUUUCGUGGAGCUUUUUGUUGGAGCAACUGAUACCUCUGUGCAAACAACUCAAUGGACAAUGGCUGAGAUCCUUGAUAAUCCUAACGUUCUUGAGAGGCUGAGAGAGGAAAUUGAUUCCGCUGUAGGGAGUUCAAGGUUGAUUCAAGAAACUGAUUUACCAAACCUUCCUUACUUGCAAGCGGUGGUUAAGGAAGGGUUAAGACUACACCCGCCUGGCCCUCUCCUGGUAAGGACGUUCCAAGAAAGAUGUGAGAUCAAAGGGUACUACAUACCAGAGAAGACAACACUUGUUAUAAAUGCUUAUGCUGUGAUGAGGGAUCCUGAUUCUUGGGAAGAUCCUGACGAGUUUAAGCCUGAGAGGUUUCUAAGUCCUAAAGAAGACGAGAAAGAGCUAGCAUUUAAGUACCUUCCUUUUGGCAGCGGAAGGAGAGGAUGUCCUGGAGGAAAUCUAUCUCAAAUAUUUGUAGGAACCGCGGUAGGAGUGAUGGUGCAAUGCUUUGAAUGGAAAAUAGAAGGAGGUAAGGUCAAUAUGGAAGAGUCUUUUGAAGGAAUGAACCUAAGCAUGGUGCAUCCGCUUAAGUGUGUUCCGGUUGCUAGGCCACAAGCUUUUUCUUUUACUUGUAAUCUGUAAUCUCUAGGUUCUCAGCUCAUGAGACUCCAGUACGUCAAGAACAUAUAAAAGUUUGCUAUCAUAUGUAUCAGUUGAUUUUCUUCCAAGACAUUCCAUAAGACCAUAACAUUUGUCUUUACGCCUGUUGUAUUUGGAAGUCUAAUAAUGAGAUAAACAAAAUUGAUAUGGCAA